GCAGCACCUUCCUCCUCCUUCUCCUUUUCUUCCUCCUCCUCCUUCUCCUUUUCUUCCUCCUGCUCCUGCUCCUGCUGCUCCCGCUCGCUCCUCUUCCCACCGGCCCCGCGGAGGCUCCCAUGGGGCGCCCAGGUCCCCAGAACCUGACCUGCGUGUCCUACAAGCACCCGAGCGUGCGGGGCGCGCUGGGGGACGCGGGGGGGGCGGCGGCCGGAGCCGUGCGCUGCCCCCCCGGGCAGUGCUGCGUGGGCAUCUGGAACCGCAGCCACGCUCUGGUGCAGGGCUGCUGGGGGGGCCGGGGGGACGCCUGUCCCUCGGCCACCUGCGCCCCCAGCCCCGCGGGCCACCCGGGCAGCUCCGUGCUGCUGUGCCUGUGCCACGGCCACCUCUGCAACGGCAACGCCACCGGGCCCGCGGCGGCCACCGGCGGGCUGGGGGGGCCCCGCCAGGGCCCAGUGGCCGGCCGGGGCGGGUCCUCGGGGACCCUGUGGCUGCUGGGUGCCAGCCCCCUCCUCAUCCUCCUCAUCUGUCUCGGUGUCCUCGGUGCCGUGUCCCUGAUUUGGGGGGUUCCUGUGGGGGGGUCCCCGGAUCGGGGUGUCCCUGGUGUCCCCCAUCCAGGACUGCGCUGGACGAGGGCCCGCGCGGGGCAGCCACCGCGGGGGGGGCGGAGAAUCGGGGUCCCCCCCCCGGAGCCCCCCAGCCCGGACCUGCCUGCGCUGCGCUUCCUGCAGGUGCUGCAGUCCGGGCGCUUCUCGGCCGUGUGGCGGGGCACGCUGCGCCAGCGGCCCGUGGCCAUCAAGGCGUUCGCGGCCGGGGCCCGCCGGAGGUUCGCGGCCGAACGCGCCGUGCACUCGCUGCCGCUGAUGGAGCACGAGAACGUGGCCAGGCUGCUGCACACGCGGGCGGCCGCGCCCCGGGCCCGCGGGGGGCUCCUGGUGCUGCAGCUCUACCCGGCCGGCUCCCUGCGCCACUUCCUGGGGCAGCACGUGGGCACCUGGGCGGGCAGCGUGCGCCUGGCGCUGUCCCUGGCCCGCGGGCUGGCCUUCCUGCACCAGGAGCUGUGGCGUGACGGGCUGUACAAGCCCAGCGUGGUGCACCGAGACCUGAGCAGCCAGAACGUGCUGGUGCGAGAGGACGGCACCUGCGCCAUCGGCGACUUCGGGCUGGCGCUGGCGCUGCCACCGCGUGCCCAGGACAGCGCCGGGAGCCGGCACAGCGUGGCCAUCCGCAAGGCGGGCACCCAGCGGUACCUGGCACCCGAGAUCCUGGACGAGAGCCUGGACCUGCGGGCCUGGGGGCGGGCGCUGCGCCAGGCCGACGUCUACGCGCUGGGGCUGCUGCUCUGGGAGAUCCUGUCCCGGUGCCAGGCCCUGAGCCCCGGAGCCCCGGUGCCGCCGUUCCGCUUGGCCUACGAGGCCGAGCUGGGCUCCAGCCCCAGCGGGGCUCAGCUGCGCCGCUUGGCCGCGGACGAGAGGCGGCGGCCGCUCAUCCCCCCGGCCUGGCACCGCACCCCGCAGGCCGGGGGGGCUCUGCCGGAGCUGCUGGAGGAUUGCUGGGACCCGGACCCCGAGGCGCGGCUCUCGGCCGAGCGGGCGCUGCAGCGGCUCCAGCGCUUGGCCGCGGGACCCGCACCGGCCCCGGGGGACCCCGGCCCGGGGGCCGCCCCCCGCCAGGUCCUGGAGUCUCCCCCCAUGUGGAACCCUGGUGCAGGUACAGGGGGACGCCCCAAACUGGGGGGGCUGCCUUGACCCCUCAGGGGUCAGACUCCCCCCUCAAUCUCCUCCUUUCCCCCCCCAGGACAGCCGCCCCCCCCCAACCCCGCG